AGAUUAAAAAGUAUAUNUUCCAAUAUCCACCCAUUUAUUAACAGAAAAAUAGAAAUAACACGUAACCCAAUUACAGAGAUGGCGAACGACAACCGGGUCGGAGAAAUCGAGGAAGAGGCGGCGGUGCCGUUGUUGCAGAAGACCUCCGAGUCCGACCCGAUUCAGCCGAGGACCCGAUCCGUUACCACGAAGGUUCCGGAGGCUGAGGUGCACGUGUACAAGCAAGGGAAGGGCCCGAUCGACGUCAUCAAAACGGGCCUAGCAGGGUGGGACCAGGACCAGCUCGAGGUGCGCGAGAUCCUGGACAAGUAUGGAUUUAAAUCGAUCUACGCGUUCACGCCCGGAUCGGGUCGGGGCGUGCCGAUCCGGUUCAACCCGAGGAAUGGCCGGUCGUUGCUCACGUACAGGGACGGUGCCGUUAUUUAUGUUGAUGGCGAGCCCAAGGACUCGAUGCUGAAGCCCAUUACUAAGAUAUUACUAGGGGUAGCACUAAUAACCUUCAUGAUUGUUAUGGUUCUCAAAGAGACUCCGGAAUGGGCCAAAACGUUCAACUUCUCAGGUGGUCGCAUUCCUCCGUGGGUUUUAGCUUGUGCCGUUAUUCUUUUCACACGAAUGAGGAAGAGAACUAAGAAUUUUCUAGAAAAAUACCUUUGAGUCUUAAGACUCUUCCAACAAAUUGUUGAAGGUUUCUAAAAUUACAAGUGCUCUUCAUAUCCUUGCUACUUUUGUUCCAUAACUCAUUCACACACGUGAAAUUAUUGUUUUCGUUGUAUGGUUUUGAUCUUUGGCCACAUUAGAAAUGUGUUCUGGCUUCACCGAUUUUGUUUUGAC